AUGAGAACGACAUCUCACAUUCUCACUAUUCUUACUGCUUUUUUAUUUUUCGUACCCACAAUUGGAUCCAGUACUGAGAUUAAAGAAGUCAAGCCUCUGAAUUGCGAUGGCAAUGCUGGUCUAUCCUGUGUUUUCCCAAAAGACUGCAGAUUGGGUGAAACUGUAAUGGUCAAUUGCACAACUCGAAACGAUUGCCCUAACCCAGUUAGCAAAAACAACUUGGAAGCGGUUUGCCGUUUUUGUUGGCAACUACCAGAAGGAGACUAUGAUUGUGAGCCACCCACGAAUUGCUCCACAAGCAGUACAAAACUUCAACUCACAAAAUGCUCGGUAGUCAGAUCUGUAGAAUAUUUGAAAGAUGUAUUUGUAUUCCAGGCUCACAGCUCGAUACUUUGUAUGGGUCAACGAAAAUUCUACAAAAGAAUUCCAUGCAACUGGUCGUCUGGGUAUAGCUGGACGAAAACCAUGGUCUUAUCAGUCGUUCUCGGCGGUUUUGGCGCUGAUCGGUUCUAUCUAGGGCUCUGGAAAUCGGCGAUCGGAAAAUUGUUCAGUUUCGGUGGACUUGGCGUCUGGACGAUUCUUGAUGUGAUUUUGAUUGCAGUUGGCUAUAUCAAACCGUACGAUGGCUCAAUGUACAUUUAA